AUCUUUGUUAUAAUAUAAUAAUUUCUAUCGCUUAAAAGCUUUAUUUAACCUGCGCAACCAACAAUGCCUUCUCGCUAGUUUAUUUAGUUUCCACGCAUAACUUUUCUUUAAUGAAAUUAUUAAACAAUGGCUCUUCGUGUCACAUUGAUAGAGUUGAUAACAUAUGCAAUAUGCUAUUGGGAAUAGUUAUGUUAACACUAUUUAACAAUAGUUACGCGCAGUUAUAAUAAGCUAUUUUUUCUUCAAUAAUCUUUUGUUUAUUAUGCGCAAGUUAAUGACUUACAAGACUCGCAAGAUAAUUAAUAAGAACAAAAGACAAACAACUACCGCCUCCAAGAAAAAGGUGUGAAACUUGAGCUUAGGCGUACGCUUACAUCUGGACUGUACUGUAAGGUGUUAAAAAUUUUGUAGACGUCAGCAGUGGCCUGUCAAACCCAAAAAUUUAUUUUCAAUAAAUUUGUGUACCUAUUCAUCGUAUAGAUCUUAAAACGCUGAUCAAGAAAAUGUAUAGGAUCGUGUACUUAAGACAAACGGAUGCAGAGAUAUUAGGGUUUAAAGGUUUUUUUAUGACGUCAUUUACCCGUCCAUUCCGAAACGGAUUUGGUGACCCAGGUUUGGAAAACUUACCCAACUUGGUCCCAGGUAGUCCCUAGUUACCCACGCAGGAGAUGACGUCAGUUAUUUCCACCCGUUUCCAAGUUAUUAAGCCUUAAUUUUAAAAGUGCAAUGCAUUGGCUUCACUAAUCUUAAUAUACUUUCCUUUGACGUCAAUAUUGCUUUAACGUCAAAGUUUGCUAAUUUACAGAACAAAUUUAUAGGCGAUGUUUUAUAGACUUUAUCAAAGAAAUUUUAUCCACUUCGCAAAAUUCACAGACAGAAGCUCCGUAUUAUUAUAUAGAUACACUUCUCACCUACAACAUCUUGAUUAGUCUUCUUCAUUUGCUUUGCUAUCUUGAAUCCCUCAUUGUGCUAGUCUUCCCUUCUUAAUAUAUUCUGCAAAUCUGUUUCUCUCUGCUUCUGAUUUUGCCUUAUACACUGCCGUACGACCACAAUGCUUAGCUUCUAAGUAAAUAUUUUUACUACCACCUGACUUCCACUCUUUCCAAAGUUUCCUCUUUUCCUUUAUACACUGGUCAACCUCAUUAUUCCACCACCAGGUCUGUCUAUGUCUAGCUGGUCCUUUCGUCCACCCACAGGUAUCAUCAGAAGCUUCUAGAAGACAAUUCUUCCAAGUACUCUAAGUACUUUCAACAUUGUCACUAUCACACUGACCAUUGUGGGCUAACUGCUGAACUUUUGCAAUAAAUUUCUUGCUACAAUCUCUUCCUCCAGCUUCCAGACUUUACGAUGGGGCCUGUACUUUCCCUUGGCUUCUUUAACACUCUUCAAGAUAAUAUCACAAACCAGCAACCUAUGCUGGGAAACACACUUUCCCCCGAUAUAACUUUCACGUCCUUCACCACUUUCUUGUCUGACUUUUUAACAAGGCAGUAAUCUAUCUGUGUCUUACAGCCACCUGACUCAUAUGUUAUCAGCCUACUCUGUCUCUUACUGAAUGAUGUGUUGCAAACCACCAUGUCCGUUGCCAUUCCAAACUCAAGCAAUCCUUAUUUCUGCUCCCAAAUCCAUAGUCUCCAUGCACACCUCUAUAACCUUGAGAUGACUUCCCAACAAUACCAUUAAAGUCACCAUGACAAGUUCAGUGUCUCCAAACUUUAAUGUGACUGAUCUUUAUCUUCCUCACUGAGUCCACAGUACCUCUCAGAGUACCAACAUUUACACUAGUUAUCCUCAACCUAGUGUUAUCUAUACCUUGUGAUGUGAUAGCUAGGUAACAGUCUGACGAUGCUCACCCCUGACAUCUGUCCUACCCUGAGUGACACCUUCACUCCUUAGAGUUCCAGCCCCGUUUACGCAGUUUGUCUGAUCAACUGUUCUUACGGCCAUUAAUAAAGAGUUCUGGCAUUGUUUUACAGCUGGAUGUCAUUCCUAGCGCCAACCGUUCACAGACCGGACUGAGUGUUUUUUUUAAAGUGACACCAUCACUAUGUGGCAUUUCAUGGGACUUCCACAAUUCUCCUUUAAACUAAGGUAUGGUGGAGGACUCCUCUUUUGUCUCUUAAAAAGACCCUCCACCCAGGUCUUGAUUAUUAAUGGUUGCAUAUAAGAACCCAACGCCCACACUGCACAAGUUCUUCAGAUGUACCAUACAGCUUACAGUUACCCACCCUCCCACCCUUAUAUAUUGAUUUUCUUCACCUAUUUUUUCUUUGUUUUAUGUCAUCAACACGCCUAUGAAUGGUGGAUGUGAGAUACCAAUUCGAUUUAUCACCGUUGUGCAAUGGAAUCGAAUCGAAAUCAAAAUAUCAUGGAUGUCUCCAUUGCAACAAAGACAACUGCAUCACAACUGUUAUGGGGGGACACAGCACAACACAACCAAACAAAUUUUAGUCCAGAGAUAGAAACAAAGAGUCUAUAGUGUCAUGAAAGAUAGCAUAGUACAAAAAAUCCAAGACUUAUUACCAGUUCCUUUGUGGGUUUCUGUUAUUGUGUUUGGUCCCCUACUUCCAGUUUUUAUUCUCGUCAUAUAUUGUAUCGAUUGGUAUACUCAGUGCAUAAACAUCGAUGCGUCACGUGACACCUGUAAAAAAGCAACAUGAGUGUACAGACAAUGAGAAAUAUGUUCGCUUCACCUAUCAUAUUUAUCCUUGGUAGUACAGCCACUGGAAAAUCGAAGCUUGGUAUUGAACUUGCCAAGAGGUUAAAUGGUGAGAUAAUUAGUGCAGACUCGAUGCAAGUUUACAAGGGAUUGGAGAUUAUUACUAACAAAGUAAGCGUAGAAGAGCGAGCUGAAGUGACACACCACCUUCUUGACGUUAUAACACCACCUGCAGAAUACUCUGUCAGUGAGUUUCGUUGCGCUGCACUUGAUAUUAUCCAGCAGUUGUUUUGUGCUCACAAACUUCCUGUGGUUGUGGGUGGGACCAAUUAUUACAUAGAAGCUUUAUUGUGGAAUUUCCUAAUGGAUGAUACCAGCUCGCCUGAUAUGCUUCAGACUCGAAAAGAGUUAGGAUCGAAUAAACGAGCAAAAAUAGACGGCGAUACGUUUGAACAACUCAUCUUUGUCGAUCCCGAACGGGCUGCGGAGCUGCAUCCAAAUGACACGCGAAAAAUAGCAAGAAGUUUGCAAGUGUUUCGUACUACUGGAAAAAAACAUUCCGAGUUGUUGAAAGAACAGAGACAGCAACCUGGUGCAAGUCCGUUAGGUGGUCCGCUCCGCUUUUCCAAAGCUCUCAUCUUUUGGCUAACUUGUGACCAAGGCGAGCUGGAUAAGAGAAUAUCAGAGCGAGUCGAUAGCAUGCUGUCUAAAGGACUCGAUGAAGAAGUUACAAAAUUUUACGAGAACUACAAAAAAUCCAAAGAGACGCUAGGUACAGAUAGCACGUUAUAUCAAGAAGGGUUGUUUCAAGCUAUAGGAUUUAAAGAAUUUCAUGAUUAUUUUACAUGCGACGAUAAAGAAAAGAAAGAAGCACAUUUAAGAGAAGGUUUAAGUGCGCUCAAGCGUGUCACUAUAAAAUAUUCUAAAAAACAAAGAACUUGGAUACAAAACCGUUUCUUAUCUCGACAUGGCGAAACCACUCCUGACAUAUACGAGUUGGACGCCACGAACCUGGACACGUGGAAGGCUGACGUUCUGCAAAAAGCUGUCGAUGUUACUCGUGCAUUUCUUGCAAACUCUGAAAUCCCUGUAGCGCCAGUAGAAAAACGAAGUGUGAACCUGAAUGCGAAAAGAAAGUUUAUUUGUGAAACGUGUAGCGGAAGGACGAUAAUGGGAGAGGCGAGUUGGAAGGAGCAUGUUUCUUCGAAGCGGCACAAAUAUUUUAUAAAAAAACAGUUAAAAGAAGUUCUGCCAUCUUGAAAUUUAUUUUAUCAUCGAAUCACUGGAUGUAUUUAACGUUAACGUUGUUUACAUAUUUAAUGACAGAGGACGUUUCAACACAAUAUACACUGAAAUGAAAUAGCGACCUAAGAUGUCUUCGUUGUACCGGAUUCAAUGAAAGUUUUGAACGCAAAAAACUUUCACUGUGUCAAAUUUAAUUCUAACAUGGCAGAUAUUUAAAUAACUCGCCUUGCAUUUAAUAGUUGAUACUAAUACAAAUUCAAAAUAUUUCGCGAUCUAUCUGCUGCCAACGCCCUAUUUAUUGAAUACGCGCUGGUGAGAAGAUGGCACUAAAAUAUUUAUGAAAAUAUUCAGAUAUCAAUCCAA